GAUCACCAAUCACUCCAAGUCUGAUAGUCAACACGUUUGUUGCAUCCAUGUUUAUUCUCUAAAUAUUUUUUCUAACUUUUGUUUUUUAAUUAAAAGCUUUGUGAUAUUUUGUGUUGAUACAUACUAUAAUGAAAUGCCAAGUCUUGGUCUAUUUGUGUCUUAUCUUUUUAGUCAAAGAAUGUACUUUAACGACGACAAAUUCCACGUUGAAGAAUUCUUACAUAGAAGAAUGGGUGGUUAAAAUAGAAGGAGGACCUCAAGUUGCUACUCUUUUGGCUCUUCAAUCUGGUUAUAAGAAUCUUGGACUGGUAUUAGGUUUUGAAAAUACCUACUUGUGGAUCAAAGAUCCUCGACAGAUAUCAAAAAGAGGACACUCAGGAUUCAACGAGACACGAUUAUCAAACUUUAAAAUCCUUUGGGCAGAUCAACAGAAAGCAUUCAAACGUCAUAAAAGAGAUUUUAUUACUUUGGAUUCAGAGAAGCCAUUAAUUCGUGAGAAAAGAAUAUUAACUUUUGAUAAUAACAAUUAUUUGAACGAUUUAGAAGAUCAUCAUAAAAAUCAGCAAAUGUUUAACGAUGAAUUAUGGAUGGACGAAUGGUAUUUGCAAGAUACGAGGAGUAAUAAAGACUUACCAAAGCUGGACCUGAAUGUUCUACCGCUUUACCAUCAGGGGAUAACAGGUUAUGGUGUCAAGGUAGCUGUUCUGGAUGAUGGUCUCGAGUAUACCCACGAGGACCUGAAAAACAAUUAUGAUCCUACUAUCAGUUAUGACGUCAAUGAACGAGAUAACGAUCCAAUACCACGUUAUGAAGUAACAGGAACAAAUGCACAUGGGACCCGAUGUGCUGGAGAAAUAGCAAUGGAGGCGAAUAAUCAUAAAUGUGGAGUUGGAGUAGCAUUUGAAGCUUCAAUUGGUGGAAUUAAAUUACUAGACGGAAUCGUAAAUGAUCGGGUGGAGGGUGAGGCACUGGGAUAUAAGCAAGAUCUUAUUGAUAUUUAUACUGCUUCCUGGGGUCCUGCUGACGAUGGAAAAAGUCUUGAGGCGCCUGGUAGACUCGCCACAGAAGCACUAGAGCGUGGCGUCUUGAAGGGUCGAAAUGGACGAGGAAAUAUAUACCUUUGGGCUUCAGGAAAUGGUGGGUCUAAAGAAGACAAUUGUGGCUGUGAUGGUUAUGUCAAUAGCAUCUACACUAUUUCAGUUGGUUCUGCUAGUCAGACAGGAAAAUUUCCUUGGUAUGGUGAAAGAUGUCCUGCAACUUUAGCGACCACCUACAGUAGUGGAGCUUAUUAUGACCAAAUGAUUGCAACGACUGAUUUAAAAAAUGAAUGCACGACUCGUCACACUGGAACGUCAGCUUCAGCUCCACUCGCAGCAGGAAUAUUAGCCCUGGCAUUGCAAGUGAACAAAGAACUCACUUGGAGAGAUGCUCAGCACCUGGUUGUAAAAACUUCAGAAUACAAUCCUCUAAAACAUAAUCCUGGUUGGAAAAAAAAUUCUGCUGGAUUUUGGUUCAACCCACGAUUUGGAUUCGGUUUGAUGAAUGCUCAUGCACUAGUGUACGCAGCAGCUAACUGGACAAAUGUUCCAGAAAAGAGAAAAUGUUUUGUGCAGCCUUUACAUUAUCAUUCGCAGGCUUUAGUGUAUGGUAGCCCAACAGCUUUAGCAUUCAACGUAAACGAAUGCUCGGAUAAAGAUACAAAAGUCAGUUUUCUGGAACACGUACAAGUUGAAACUACCAUCAAGUAUACAAUUCGUGGAGCACUUCGAAUGCAUCUAACCUCUGCGACUGGUACUAGAGUGGAAAUAUUAAAUCCUAGGAAAUUUGAUACAUCAGACGAAGGAUUUAUAAAAUGGAAAUUCAUGUCAGUUGCAACUUGGGGAGAAGAUCCGAGAGGUAUUUGGAAACUCGAAAUAGUUGACAAAAUUGGACCAAAAACUAAUAAAGGAACAAUAGAGAACAUCACCUUAAUUAUUCACGGAACAGAAGAUCCACCAUUUUAUCGACUGAAUAAAAAAAAUGAUAAGAUAAAUAAUAAUAUUAACAACAUUAAUAAAAAGAAGAAUAAACACUUUGAAAUAAUGAGAGAUGAAAUUGAAAAUGAUAGAGAAAAGGAAGAAAACAAAUGGAAUGAAGCAAACAACGAAAUAAAUGAUUUCACUGAAGAAGUUAUUAAACCUGUAAAUUUUAUUCAAGUUGAUUGGCUUCGAAGAUUUUUAUUUGGUUGGAUUAACUAGAUUUACUAAAUCUACAAUUUCACUCCUCUCAUUUACCCUCGGGAUGAAAUUUUCAAUGAUUCUGACUAUUUGUGUCAAGUGGAAACAGUCCAACUACCUAGCCUCAAUCAAGUAUGACAGAAUGAAGGUUUCAUGAUGAGAAUUAUUAAUAUCCAAGGAAAACAUCAUUGUUCAUGAUUUUUAAUUUAUUCAUUCUACCUACAAAGCUUUUAUUUAUAUU